AGCGCAUCCAACGUGCUCCAAUUGCUACGUAUGACGUAUAACGUCUUUCUACUGGCAAAUCAUGGUGUACGCUGGGCGGGCAUUGUAAAGCUGUAGUUGAGUGUUAGCAGGCUAACUAGAGAAAGAAAGCUAACUAAUCGUGAGAGUGGAUGUGUAGCUGACGUUAAAGGAAAAGGCAAAUGUCAAAACAGCAAGGGGAACAGAACAUUUAGUGAAGUGAUAAUUCUGUUAGAUGAUUACAUGAACAGAUCUAUAGCCUGUUCAUCAAAUACCGUGUUUGUCAGAUGUCCGAGGAGCAUUUUGGAUACUACAUCGAUUGUCCCGUUUCCAAACGGAAACCAUUUCUGGACAGACAGUUCGUGUUUGCUAGCUAGCUAAGUGAAUUAUCCAGGAGACUUUUCAUUGUCACCUAAAAACACAGACUGAAUGUUUUGUCUGUCAUGAGUCCGGCCGGGUGCUCCCAUGUGAACGGUUAUAAGGUGGAUAAUUGGAAACAAAAUCUUCGAGUCAUAUACCAAUGCUUUGUUUGGAGUGGUACUGCUGAGACCAGGAGACGCAAGGUGCCUCAGAGUGAUGCAGCAUGGACAGAGCUGGCCAAGUCGUGUAUCUGUCACAUGUGUGGCGCUCACCUGAACCGACUCCACUCUUGUCUCUACUGCGUCUUUUUUGGCUGUUUUACGAAGAAACACAUCCACGAGCACGCAAAAAACAAGAGACACAAUCUAGCGAUAGACCUAUUAUACGGUGGAAUAUAUUGUUUUGUAUGUCAAGACUACAUAUACGACAAAGACAUGGAGCAAAUUGCCAAAGAGGAACAGAGGAAAGCCUGGAAAUUGCAAGGCAUAGGGGAGAAAUACACAACAUGGGAGCCGACAAAGAGGGAGCUAGAAUUAUUACGACACAAUCCAAAGCGGAGGAAAAUCACUACGAACUGUACCAUAGGUUUACGAGGGUUAAUAAACCUGGGCAACACGUGUUUCAUGAACUGUAUUGUUCAGGCUCUAACACACACGCCGCUGCUGCGAGACUUCUUUCUCUCUGACAGACACAAGUGUGAGAUGCAAUCAAACUCCUGUCUGGUGUGUGAGAUGUCGCAGCUCUUUCAGGAGUUCUACUCUGGCCAUCGUUCGCCCCACAUUCCCUUCCGGCUGCUGCACCUGGUGUGGACCCAUGCACGCCAUCUCGCGGGCUACGAGCAGCAAGAUGCUCAUGAGUUUCUCAUCGCAGCAUUAGAUGUACUACACAGACACUGCAAAGGGGACACCAUCAGAAUAUUAUCUGUCAGGCGAGGACUGCUGCUUGCUCAAGUCCGAAAGGGAAACACAGCAAAGGACAGUCAAUUGAGAUUGAGAGGAGAUGACAAUGGGAAGAAGGCCAACAAUCCAAACCACUGUAACUGCAUCAUUGACCAAAUCUUUACUGGGGGCCUGCAAUCAGAUGUUACCUGUCAAGUUUGCCAUGGGGUUUCCACAACGAUAGAUCCAUUCUGGGACAUCAGUCUAGACCUGCCUGGCUCCUCCACCCCUUUCUGGCCCCUCAGCCCUGGAGGGGAUGGCAGCACAGUCAACGGAGAGAGCCACUUGUCAGGGUCUACCACGCUCACAGACUGCCUACGCAGUCAAAUGAAUUUCAUUCAUCUCUCCACUUGUAUGAACGGCAUCUGCUCUGGCACAACAACCCUGAUAUCUUUCGAUCUCAUCUCCUGCCAUCAUCAGGUUGACAGAGCAGGUGUGACCUCUCAUAUCUCUUCCUCUGCCUCUUCCUUCUUGAAAUUUCCUACCCUCUUCUUCUUAUCUUAUUUCAUUCCCUCCUCUCUCCACCUAAUUUUCCCCUGUGCCCUCUCCCUUUUGCCUCAUGCAUUCAUCUUAUUCUCCUCCUCUCUUUCUCUCACUCUUUUUACUGCAGCUCCUCACACACCCCUAGUUGCUGCAGCAAGUCUCUUAAAGGUACAGAACUGGUGGGUGUUGUUGCCGUGGUGAUAGAGGUGCUGGCAAUACCAGCAAGGCUCUGGGUUGGGUGAAAUGACAUACAGAGUGGUUAUACCAAAACUCUGCAGGCAAACUUGAUGCUCAAGUCCUCAAAUACCUUCAGAUUAACUUCAAGCCAGAGAUCUAUGACUAGACAACCGUGGUGGGGUGCAUAUUUGGAAGGACGUGAGUGGCUUAACAAAAGAAAACAUACCACUCAGAAACAUAACAGUAUUCUCCCUGUUCUCCUAGUUUUUACUUAAACUUUUUUUGUUGCCCAUAUAUUCUCUGCUGUUACACACUUACACUCCACUUACACUCGCU